UGCCAGGAGCUAAUAUGGCUCCCCAAGUUCUGCCGUACGCUCUCUUCCCCUAAUCAGCGACUUGACUGCCCAGACCAGGCUACGGAUCAGGAGCUAAGUCGGCUUUGCCCCUCCAUACCGCAACUACGGGAGCGACUGAAGUUGAGCGGCACCGCGCAGAAUUGAACUCCAUAAUCGGGGAAACACCACUUCCGCUGACGUCAUCACGCCGACACGUGGAUCCAAGAUGGCGGCAGCGAUGGUUUGGUUGCCAUGGUCCCUGCUGCUUCUCUCCUUCAUGUGUGGAACAAGAGCCUUCUAUGUCCCUGGGGUCGCGCCAAUCAACUUCCACCAGAACGACCCUGUAGAAAUCAAGGCUGUGAAGCUCACAAGCUCUCGAACCCAGUUACCUUAUGAGUACUACUCACUGCCCUUCUGUCAGCCCUUAAAAAUAACCUACAAGGCAGAGAAUCUGGGAGAGGUGCUGAGAGGGGACCGGAUUGUCAACACCCCUUUCCAGGUUCUCAUGAAUAGCGAAAAGAAGUGUGAGGUUCUGUGCAGUGAGUCCAACAAACCAGUGACCCUGUCUGUGAAAGAGAGCCGGCUCGUGGCGGAGCGGAUCACGGAGGACUACUAUGUCCACCUCAUUGCCGACAACCUGCCUGUGGCCACCCGGCUGGAGCUCUACUCCAACCGCGACGGCGAUGACAAGAAGAAGGAAAAAGAUGUGCAGUUUGAACACGGCUACCGGCUUGGCUUCGUGGAAAUGAACAAGAUCUACCUGCACAAUCACCUCUCCUUCAUCCUUUACUACCACCGAGAGGACUUGGAAGAGGACCAGGAGCACACAUACCGUGUCGUCCGCUUCGAGGUGAUUCCCCAGAGCAUCAGGCUGGAGGACCUCAAGGUAGAUGAGAAGAGUUCAUGCACUCUGCCUGAGGGUGCCAAAUCCUCGCCCCAAGAAAUUGAUCCCACCAAGGAAAAUAAGCUGUACUUCACCUACUCGGUACACUGGGAGGAAAGUGACAUCAAAUGGGCCUCUCGCUGGGAUACUUAUCUGACCAUGAGUGAUGUGCAGAUCCACUGGUUUUCUAUCAUUAACUCCGUUGUUGUGGUCUUCUUCCUAUCAGGCAUCCUGAGCAUGAUUAUCAUUCGGACCCUCCGGAAGGACAUUGCCAACUAUAACAAAGAGGAUGACAUUGAAGACACCAUGGAAGAGUCUGGGUGGAAGUUGGUGCACGGUGACGUCUUCAGGCCACCCCAGUACCCCAUGAUCCUCAGCUCCCUGUUGGGCUCAGGCAUUCAGCUCUUCUGUAUGAUCCUCAUCGUCAUCUUUGUGGCCAUGCUUGGGAUGCUGUCACCCUCCAGCCGGGGAGCUCUCAUGACCACUGCCUGCUUCCUCUUCAUGUUCAUGGGAGUUUUCGGUGGAUUUUCCGCCGGCCGUCUGUACCGCACUCUAAAAGGCCAUCGGUGGAAGAAAGGAGCCUUCUGUACAGCGACACUGUACCCUGGCGUGGUUUUCGGCAUUUGUUUCGUAUUGAAUUGCUUCAUCUGGGGAAAGCACUCGUCAGGAGCGGUGCCCUUCCCCACUAUGGUGGCCCUGCUGUGCAUGUGGUUCGGGAUCUCCCUGCCCCUCGUCUACCUGGGCUACUACUUCGGCUUCAGAAAGCAGCCAUAUGACAACCCUGUGCGCACCAACCAGAUUCCCCGGCAGAUCCCUGAACAGCGGUGGUACAUGAACCGAUUUGUGGGCAUUCUCAUGGCUGGGAUCCUGCCCUUUGGUGCCAUGUUCAUCGAACUUUUCUUCAUCUUCAGUGCAAUCUGGGAGAAUCAGUUCUAUUACCUCUUUGGCUUCCUAUUCCUCGUCUUCAUCAUCCUGGUGGUAUCCUGCUCACAAAUCAGCAUUGUCAUGGUGUACUUUCAGCUGUGUGCAGAGGAUUACCGCUGGUGGUGGAGGAAUUUCCUAGUCUCCGGGGGAUCUGCAUUCUACGUCCUGGUCUAUGCCAUCUUUUAUUUUGUUAACAAGCUGGACAUCGUCGAGUUCAUCCCCUCUCUCCUCUACUUUGGCUACACGGCCCUCAUGGUCCUGUCCUUCUGGCUCCUCACGGGCACCAUCGGCUUCUAUGCAGCCUACAUGUUUGUCCGCAAGAUCUACGCUGCUGUGAAGAUAGACUGAUGGGGGUGGACCAUAGCCAUGCCCACUCCGUCCAUGGACAGGAAGCCACCCUGCGUGGGGAACUGCAGGCACGCAAAAUAAAGUAACUCCUGCUUGUUUGGAAUGUAACUCCUGGCACAGUGUUCCUGGAUCCCAGGGCUGCGUGGGGGGCGGGAGGACCUGUAGAUAAAUCUUGCAUUUUUCUCCAUCAUCUUAUUCCAAUUCUGUGGGGAUGACGUUUUUGUGGGUCGUUUUUUCUUCAGUACUAAGAAAGUUCCCUUCAGCAGAAACUCUGGGACCUGUUCAGGUUUAUUUUUGGUUAGGGGUUUUUUCCUUGUUUUUUGUUUUUUGUUUUUUUAACAAUGGAUCCAGCAUGGAUAAAUCCACCGAGACACUGGGUUUUGGUCACUGUCUCCACCUCAGUUCCUCAGGGCUGUUGGCCACCCCACGACUAACUGGAAAAGGAAACACCAGACCUUCUGGGACUUCAGUGAGGUUUCCAAGCCUCUCACCGUCCAUCCUCACCAUUGAUGCCGUGACAAGCACAGCUCUAGCCCGGACAUGCAUCCUCAGUGCCAACCUGCCUCUACCAGCCACUUUCCCUCCCUCUUCUCACCUCUCCAGCCUUCUCCUGGGGCUGCCCAAGGCAGGGCUUCUAGCCAGGCCUCGGGGCCGUCUUGUCACCAGGAGCAAGUCCAGUCUUGGUUGCUACAAGGAAAUCCCCAGAAGUACUAGGGAGCAGUGGAAAUUUGCUGGAGCAGAGAAGAGACUUGCAGCGAACUAUUUCUGUGCCACAAAAUCCUGGAUCCAGGGCCAGGUAUUUCCAAAGCCAAUCCAAGUAUAUCCACAUGUCUGUGCCUGGGCUGAGGGUCUUCACCCUUUAGGAUUUCUCCCCAGUCCCUUCCUCAGGGGGUUGCUGUUCUUUGCAAACUGUGCUGCUGGUGGGGUCUCUCUUCCCCCACUUCGAGCAGAACAAGGCCUGGAGACUUCAGUUCUCUUCCUUUAGAUGGCUGGGGAGAGGCAUUCCCUCCCUGACAUCCCCCAGCCUUAGCGCCCAUGCACAGCUCUUUUAGCCAAACCCAUUCCCCUCCCCCUCCCAUUUGAGUUCUUGCCUCCUUUGAGGGACACCCAGAAAACUGCUGGUGAAAAGGAAAUGGAAGGUAAGUUCUGUCAUUUCUUCCCCAAUUCCCAGGGAUAGGCAAGGAGCCAGUUACCCCAAGUUAGAGGUAACUAACAUGGCAGGUCUGGCUCUUUUAUCAACACCCACUCUUGGGGCCAAGUCUUCCCUCCACCCUCACUGCCCACCCACUCUCUGCAUGUCACUUUCUCUUAAAUUGCAAGAGACCAAACCCACCCUGGGAUUAGGGCUUAAGUAACAGCCACUCACCCUUGCUCCAGCCCCUUUGGGACUCCCACCACAAGACAAAGCUCAGGAUGCUGGUUAAGCUAGGAACACACUACCCCCUUCCCCCUCCCAGGUUAUUCUCAUAACGGCCCCUACCAGCUCCACCAAUCAAACCAGUGAACUUCUCAACCUUGCCUCACAGUGACUCCACAGUGCCAAGUGGCAGCCACCAAGAAUCAGGUUGAAGAAAAGGGAACUCAAGCAGUAGAGAAUGAUAAUGGAGUCUUGUUUAUUCAAAUCUUGGAUUUUUUUUCCCCUAAGAGAUUCUCUUUUGGGGGGGAGUAGGGAAAUGUACUCCUCAUAAAGGAUUUAAACAUCAUCAAUUUUUCUGACUUUUUAAAUCAUCAUCAUCAUUAUUUUUAAUUAAAAAUGCCUGUAUGCCUUUUUUUGGUCCAAUUGUAAAUAAAUACGCCAUUGUCCUGUU